UAUUCUCAUUGCAAGGACUUAAAAAAAUCUAUGGCGAGACUUAUCUUUCAUUUUGUAUUCGCUCUUAUUGCUGCAUCUUAUUUAUUGUCGGUAUCUGAUGCGAUGGUAAGAGAAUCGCAAAAACUAUGCAUUUGUCCUUCCACAAAUCCUUACUGCAACUGUGGCAAUGAUCUACAAGUUCUCACUACUACGGUGAUUGGUUCUAGACCUGAUAUCAGACAGUGUGAGCGUUGCCACGGAAACUCUUCUUGUAACGAAAUUUGUCCGCCAACGUGCAAAUACAAAGUCUGUAUAUACAAUCGAACAUGUGAUAUGCAUAUAUGUGAAUGCUAUAUAUGCUGAUUGAUGCAACUCCGGUGAAUGUAUAUUAAUCUUUAAAGAAGAGAU